AUGGCAUCUAAACAAGAAAUCAUGAGUGACCAACGGUUUAGACGGGUUGCAAAGGACCCAAGAUUUUGGGAAAUGCCAGAAAAGGAUCGAAAAGUCAAAAUUGACAAGAGAUUUCGAGCAAUGUUUCAUGACAAAAAGUUCAAAUUGAAUUAUGCUGUGGAUAAAAGAGGACGUCCCAUCAACCACAGCACUACAGAGGACUUGAAACGUUUUUACGACCUUUCAGAUUCUGAUUCCGAUCUCUCUGAUGAGAAUAAUAAACCAUUGAGUCAAAAGAAAAUGAAGAAGAAAAAACCCCAGACUAUAAAUGAAGUAGAAUCAAAAAACCUUGUUGAAGAUAAAAAGAGAAAAACCAAGAAAAUUCAUCAAAAGGAUUCUGGAAAUGAGAAUGAUUUGGAUAACUCUGAGAAAAUUCAGAAAAUGAAAACCUCAUGCAAAUCUAAGAAGAUAGACUCAGUAAGUCCUGAGAAAGAUAGCAAAGAAUUUACACAAAAAAGUACAAAAGGGGAAAAAAACACUGUUCAACGUAGCACAGACUCGUUUCCCAAAGAACAGCUAAGAAUGGUAGACUCAGGCACCUCUGAGAUUGUUCAGUCUCCCAAGGUCAAGUAUUCUGAGACAAGAAGAAGAAAAAUGCAAUCAGUGGUUCCAUUCAUAAUGGCAAGAGACAGUGAUGGUCAUGAAGACUCAACAGAUGGUAAAAUGUUUGACAAAGAUGCUCUGGAGGAAGAUUCAGAAAGUGCUAGUGAAACAGGAAGUGAUGAAGAAUCUGAAGAUGAAAUUACAGGCAUUCGUAGGGCUGCUGCUGCUGAUUUUCAUGAUGAAGAAGAAGAAGAUGAUGAUGAUGAUGAUGAUGAUGAUGGAGGAGGAAUUGAAAAUGAGGAGGAAGAUGAUAGUGAGGAUGAUGAUGAAAGUGACAGUGGCCCUGAUCUUGCGAGGGGCAAAGGAAAUAUAGAAACCAGUUCUGAAGAUGAAGACGACAUGGCAGAUUUACUUCCAGAGGAAUCUGGUUUUGAGCAUGCUUGGAGAGAAUUAGAUAAAGAUGCUCCUCGGGCUGAUGAGAUUACGUGUCGAUUAGCAGUUUGCAACAUGGACUGGGAUAGAUUGAAGGCAAAAGAUCUGCUGGCUUUGUUCAAUUCAUUUAAACCUAAAGGAGGUGUUAUAUUUUCUGUAAAGAUAUAUCCUUCAGAGUUUGGAAAGGAGAGGAUGAAGGAAGAGCACAUUCAAGGACCAGUGGAGUUAUUAAGCAUUCCUGAAGAUGCUCCUGAAAAGGACUGGGCCUCUAGAGAAAAACUGAGAGAUUAUCAAUUCAAACGACUGAAAUACUAUUAUGCAGUAGUAGACUGUGAUUCUCCUGAAACAGCUGCUAAAAUUUAUGAGGAUUGUGAUGGCCUGGAAUUCGAAAGUAGUUGUUCGUUUGUAGAUCUAAGGUUUAUACCAGAUGAUAUUACUUUUGAUGAUGAGCCCAAGGAUGUAGCAUCAGAAGUGGAUUUAACAGCAUAUAAACCAAAAUAUUUCACAUCUGCUGCAAUGGGAACAUCAACGGUGGAGAUCACUUGGGAUGAGACUGAUCAUGAAAGAAUUACAACACUCAACAGGAAAUUUAAAAAGGAAGAACUUUUGGAUAUGGAUUUUCAAGCCUAUUUAGCUUCUUCUAGUGAAGAUGAAGAGGAAAUAGAAGAACCACAAGGUGAUGAUGGAGUCAGUGUAGAAGAAGAUGAGAAAACAAAAAAAAGUCAGAAGGAUGAUGAAGAACAAAUUGCUAAAUAUAGGCAACUCUUACAAGUUAUUCAAGACAAAGAAAAGAAAGGCAAAGAAAAUGAUAUGGAAAUGGAAAUUAAGUGGGUUCCAGGCCUUAAAGAAAGUGCAGAGGAGAUGGUCAAAAACAAAUUGGAAGGAAAGGAUAAACUGACCCCUUGGGAACAAUUUUUAGAGAAGAAGAAAGAGAAAAAAAGACUGAAAAAGAAACAGAAGGCUCUUGCUGAAGAGGCCAGUGAAGAUGAUGUUCCCUCUGAUGUAGAUAUGAAUGACCCAUACUUUGCUGAAGAAGCUAAAAAAAUAGGUAUAAAAGAAAAGAAAAAAUCAACAAAGUCUGCAAAAGAUGACAUAUCUCCAGAGGAAGAAGCUGAAAUAGAAAGACAAAAGGCUGAAAUGGCUUUGCUUGUGAUGGAUGAGGAGGAAGAGAGCAAGAAACACUUCAAUUAUAACAAGAUUGUGGAGCACCAGAAUCUGAGCAAAAAGAAGAAGAAACAGCUCAUGAAGAAGAAGGAAUUAUUGGAGGAUGACUUUGAGGUCAAUGUGAAGGAUGCAAGGUUUCAGGCAAUGUAUACUUCCCACUUGUUCAAUUUGGAUCCUUCAGAUCCUAAUUUCAAGAAAACAAAAGCUAUGGAAAGAAUCCUUGAGGAGAAAGCCCGUCAGAGAGAACAAAAAGAACAGGGGCUGACUCAGGCAACGAGUGAAAAGGAGGGUGAGGUUCAGAAGGAAUCACACAAGAGGUCCAUUGAUCCUGCCUUGUCAAUGUUGAUUAAAUCUGUAAAAAGCAAAACAGAGCAGUUUCAAGCAAGAAAAAAACAAAAAGUCAAAUAA